AUGCAACGUCGGUCCGUUCUGCAGCGUCUCUCGUCCGCGCGACCCGCAGCUCUCUUCGCAAACACAGCCAGAGUGCAAUGUCUGAUCACCAGUCUCCCCCGGCAGCUACAGUCGCGGCGGUCACUCUCCUCCGACGCGGGCGCGGGCUCUUCUCCUCCACCGCAGAAGUUAGCCUUCGGCCAGCCGCUUUUUGAGACACACCCGCACCUGCUCAAGCGCGGUGAAGUGACCCCCGGAAUCUCGGCCCUCGAAUAUGCCAUGCGCCGGGCAAAGCUGGCCGCAGAGCUCCCCGACAACUGCAUCGCAAUCAUACCCUCCUCGCACGUAAAGUACCGCUCUGGCCCCGUCUUCUACGACUUCCACCAAAACCCCGACUUCUACUACCUCACCGGCUUCCUCGAGCCCGAGGCCGUCUGCGUCAUCAUCAAGGAAUCCGGCCAGCCCGAAGGCGAACACAUCUUCCAGCUCUACGUGCGCGACAAAGACCCCAAAGCCGAGCUCUGGGACGGCGCGCGCAGUGGCGUCGAGGCCGCCACAGAGGUAUUCAACGCCGACGAGGGCUUCAACAUCGACAACCUCGAGCUGCACCUUGAGCCGUACCUACGUGGCGCGCGCAGCGUCUACACGGACCUGUCUGUAUUCCCAUCGCGCGCGGUCAGCGUGUUCCAUGCGUCGUUUGUGCACUCGGCGCCGGACACGUUUUCGUUUGUGCAUCGGAUCAAGAAGAAGACGGUGCCGCUGGCGCCGGUGAUGCAUGGUCUGCGGAAUGUGAAGAGUGCGGCAGAGGUGGCGAAUAUGAGGAAGGCGGGGAAGAUUAGUGGGAGGGCGUUUAAUAUGGCAAUGCAGGAGAGAUUUCUGACGGAGAGGGGGUUACAUGCGUUUUUGGAGUACCAGUUUAAGGUGGGCGGGUGUGAGAAGGAGGCGUAUGUACCUGUUGUUGCGGGCGGUGAGAACGCAUGCACAAUCCACUACACCAGGAACGACGAAACCCUCAAAAAUGGCGACCUCGUCUUGGUCGACGCCGGCGGCCAAUACGGCGGCUACGUGACGGACAUCACCCGCACCUGGCCCACCUCGGGCGUGUUCACCGCCGCCCAACGCGACCUCUACUCCGUCGUGCUCUCCGCACAAAAAAAAUGCGUUUCGCUCUGCCGCGAAAACGCCAACUUGUCACUCGACGCCAUCCACUCGGUCGCUGAGACAGAGCUCAAGAGCGGCCUGAAGCAGAUUGGCUUUGACGUGGGCGGCAGGAACAUGGACACCUUGUUCCCGCACCAUGUUGGCCAUUUUGUGGGACUGGAUGUGCAUGAUUGCCAUAGUUGCUCGAGGAGUAAGGGGCUGGUGGAGGGGCAGUGUGUUACUGUAGAGCCGGGCGUGUAUGUACCAAACGACGACCGCUGGCCAGUGCAUUUCAGGGGUAUGGGCAUCAGGAUCGAGGAUAGUAUCUGCGUGGGCGAGGAGCACCCCAUUGUAUUGUCGGCUGAGGCCGCGAAAGAGAUUGUCGAUGUCGAGGCGCUUGGCGAGAGUAUUCGCCCAGUGUAG